AUGAGGACCGCGCAAGCUGCCAAGCCCUCGGCUUAUUCGCUUCCCAACGGCAGAUGGGCUGGCAUCGAUGGCAACUGGUCGACGACUGAAGUCUUGCUCGGCUCUCAGCAGCAGAAGGUGAAUGUUCUUAUCGGCACAGCGCUAUCUGAACUCUGGGCUGUAGGCACUGGAGGAUGCUAUCCCAAUGAACCGCACUGCUCCUCUGCGCGAGGCGGUCUGUACGACCCCAUGCAGUCGAAAGACUGGCAUGAUAUGGGAACGUGGCAGCUCGGGCUGGAUCAUCUGAAUCACAGUGCGAAUGGCCGGUACGGUCUCGACGCGUUGCAGAUCGAGCCCACCGACAGUGAGAAAGGGCUGUCCAUGAAACAGGCUUUGACAUCUGCCUAUAAUUCGACGGACUACUAUUUGGGCAUCUUCGGUCUCGGUAUCACGCAGGGAAAUUUCGGGGACGUGGUGGCCAAGUCACCAUUGACGGCUGCCGUCGAGGAUUAUGGACUCUUCCCUAGCUACAGCUAUGGCUACACUGCUGGAGCCCACUAUCAUAACACGCCCGCUUCAAUCACCAUGGGUGGUUUCGACUCUAGUCGCUUCAUCAAUCAUGACAUUGACUUUACAGUCACAAAGCAGGACACUCUACUACGGACCCUCGUCCGGGGUAUUGAGGUUGAGACCGAUGGGAAUGAGACCCCUAGCAACUGGAACUCAUCCGUAGAGGCUCUCUCCGGCUGGGAUGCUCCUUUUGUUGCGCUCAUCGAUACGGCGACGCCCUUCCUGUGGUUUCCAGAUCAAGUGUGUGACGCAUUUGCACAAGCCUUGAAUCUAACAUACGAUGUUACUCUGGGCUUGUACACCAUUGACAACGACCAGUACCAGCAACACCACAACUCAGACGCCCUUGGCUUCCGCUUCACACUGUCAAGCACGGACAACACAGACGACCUGGGAGACCCCAUGAACACCCCUGGCGUAGUCAACAUCACCGUGCCUAUCAAGGCCCUCAUCAGCACCGUCCAGUAUCCCUUCGACAACGAGGCUAUCAAAUAUGGCGAUCCAGCAGUUCCCUAUUUCUCCCUCAGAAGGUCGGGGGACAAUUCGACCUACGUGAUAGGACGGUCGUUCUUCCAAGAGGCUUACCUCCUGACCGAAUAUGAUCGCGAAACCUUCUCCAUACACCAGGCGUUGUUCCCUGACAGCCCGAAUGAGAGCGCUGUCCUCGAAACAAUUGAGCAGCCAGAUGGCAGCCCAUAUCCACCACCCAAGUCACGCAAUGAUGGCAUGAGCACAGCCGCCAUUGUUGGAAUUGCCGUGGGCGUCACAAUCGCAGUGGUCCUUACCCUGGCACUAAUUGGCUGGUGGUUCUGGCAUAAGCGUUCCAAGGCCAAGAACGCUGCCGAAGAUGAGAAGAGAUCCGAGAACUCGACGCCUUCUACGACCUGCGAUACGCACAGCCCCUCCUUCUGGUCCAGACUCCUACACCGGAAGAACCCCCACCAGGAUCCCACCGUACAGCAGGACGUCAAACCCUCUGAAGCGCCGGACACGCAGAUAUACGAACUCUUUGCGCCCGUGCCGCCCGUCGAGCUCAAUGCUGAUGAUGGAGAGACUGACGAUGACAGCAGAAUGAUCGGUCAGCACAUUAACUCCUACGAGCAAGCUCGUCUCAAGCUCGACAGGCAGCUUGCUGGGCCGGUGCCAGAGUAUACACCAGCAGCUGACGGUUGGGCACCGCCCCCUGAGAAGGCCCCGUACGAAUAUAGCCAACCGCGACUGCACGCUGAUGCGCCGAGCAACGGCUCCGUAUCGCCACAAGCAUUUGACUCGACCGACUCACAUAACUCGAACCGCAUGCCUGCAUCGACCGGCUCCCUGGUGUCGCCUCUCACACCCAGGGAUGGCUGGGCAGAAGGUUCUACCAAUGCAUCAAACUUGUCAUCCCCAUCAGCGGUUCCGAGGCCGGAAACAAGAGAUCAAUCGACAUUGUCAGAUGCUCACACCGGGCAUCGUCUCCCCGCUGGCUCCGAGUCACCAGCCAGCGUCCAGCUGCCACCAUCCUCUGCCGUACAGCGCACGCCGAUUGACCCGUCCAGAAUUGUGUUUUUGGGACCGCUGCCCGACAGCGUGCGUCGUCGACAUGGACGUCCCGAAGCUUCUGGCGGUACAGUGCAGAACGACUCGGUCGAUGGAACACUGGGAAGCAACUACUUUGAAGAGGGGGAGAGGAUGCUACCCUUGCGGGGCCAGGUGAACCACAGGGCGGAGGCUCCUCCUGUAUCGCGGGGGGCAGAAGGGCCCGGGGAUGGUGCUCCUGGUGAUGGCGGGAUGGAGUUUGUACAUGUGCCGCAGAUGGCCGCGAGGAGAUAUAGCUGGGAAGAAGGGACGACAAAUUAG